AUGAAGGAAAGCAGUGAUGGGUUUGUGAGAGCGGAUCAGAUUGAUCUGAAGAGCAUAGAUGAACAGUUGGAGAGGCACCUCAACAAGGUGCUGACCAUAGACAAGAAAAAGCGCUCUGAUGAGGAGGAAGAUGCUGAUCAGGUUCAUGUACACACCAGUGCCACUGCCUCUCCCAAAUUCAGACCCGCCUCUGCUAGGCUAAACUUGAAGAAGCAGAAGCAGGAGUGGGAGAUUGAUCCUUCUAAACUCAUCAUCAAAAGUGUCAUAGCCCGUGGCACUUUUGGCACUGUCCACCGUGGUGUCUAUGAUACCCAAGAUGUUGCUGUGAAAUUGUUGGACUGGGGUGAAGAAGGACAAAGGACAGAAGCAGAAAUUGCCUCCCUGAGGGCAGCGUUUACACAGGAAGUUGUUGUUUGGCAUAAACUUGAUCAUCCCAAUGUCACAAAGUUUAUAGGGGCAACAAUGGGGUCUUCAGAAUUGCAGAUACAAACUGAUAAUGGUCUAAUUGGCAUGCCAAGCAAUGUCUGUUGUGUUGUUGUGGAGUAUCUUGCUGGAGGAAAUCUGAAAUCAUACCUAAUAAAGAACAGGAGGAGGAAGCUAGCUUUCAAGAUUGUCAUCCAGCUGGCACUUGAUCUUGCAAGAGGGCUGAGUUAUCUUCACUCUCAGAAGAUUGUCCAUAGAGAUGUUAAGACAGAGAACAUGCUGUUGGAUAAGACACGCACAGUUAAAAUUGCUGAUUUUGGGGUUGCGCGUGUUGAGGCAUCAAAUCCUAACGAUAUGACUGGGGAGACUGGUACCCUUGGUUAUAUGGCUCCAGAGGUUUUAAACGGCAACCCCUAUAACAGGAAAUGUGAUGUGUACAGUUUUGGCAUCUGUUUAUGGGAAAUAUAUUGUUGUGACAUGCCAUAUCCUGACCUAAGUUUCUCAGAAAUUACAUCAGCUGUUGUUCGCCAGAAUUUAAGACCAGAAAUACCAAGAUGUUGCCCAAGUUCUCUGGCAAAUGUUAUGAAGAAAUGCUGGGAUGCCACUCCGGAUAAGCGGCCAGAGAUGGAUGAGGUAGUUUCCAUGCUGGAGGCCAUAGACACAACCAAAGGUGGAGGUAUGAUCCCCCAUGAUCAGCAGCAGGGUUGUUUUUGCUUCCGCAAGCAUAGAGGGCCUUGA